AUGGACAUUAUAUUAACGCAGUUGGAGAUCAGUAGAGCCUAUGAAGAGGUCGACAACGGCGGACGUCGAAGAUCCAGAGACACGUAUUGGAUAACGACAUCAACCAAUUAUGAAAAAGGCAAAAUGAUUUCGUAUUGGAUUCAAGCAACCACUAAAAAGUCGACACGUGAACAACCCCCAAAAACACAUCUCCAAAGACCAAAACCAUCCUUGAAGCGCCUCAAAGAAUUUAGACCAGAUCUUCAUGAAUUCAAGAAACAGCAUUGCAUCCAUCGUUUCCUGUAA